GCCCCAUUCCUCCUUCCCUCCCUCUGCCUGCUUGAACUGAACCCGCUCCGUCUCUUUACAUGGAAAACAGGCCCCUGGAUGGAUCAGAGGCUAUUUUUAGGGAUAACAAAUGUGAGUUAUGACUGGAAUCCCUUAGCAAGUAGCUUCCAAACUGACUUUGUCCCUUUCGCUCUAAGAAAGCUCCCAGCACCACAGCUACCCAAGUACCGGAUUACAGGCAGCUCAGCAAGUAGAUUUCUGCUUUUCCAGAUCUGUGGCUUCCACAGAAGAUACACAGCUGCACACAUCUGGUCAUAAGGACUCGGGACUUCCCAGUGAAAAAUGUCCAAACAGCCCUCUUCAAAUGUCCGAGCCAUACAGGCGAACAUCAAUAUCCCGAUGGGGGCUUUCCGUCCCGGAGCUGGACAUCCUGUGAAGAGAAGAGAUGAUUCAGUCAACAUCGAGGAGAGCGCCUCUGUAACAGAGGAAGAGAAGAAGCCGCAGCUGCCGGGUGCUAAGAAAGGCCCCGGGCCGACUGUAGACCUCUCUGAGAUCCGCAACGUGAAAAGCGAGCUCAAACUGGUCACCAAAGUGGAUGAAUAGCAGGAAGGAACAGUGGAAGAAGGCCCACAGCAAGAACACACAUUCAUUCUAUAAGCAUUUUGUAAAUGUUUUUUUAAAAGAUGAAUUCAUCUCUUGUAAUGGAUACUGUAUGUGGUGGUGUGGACUUUUUUUAAAAUCAUAUCAAUUAAAUGUGUUUUUCCCAGCAUGCUCAGCCCAGCCCUCUCACGCCAACAGUCUUCUAGUAAAAAUGCAGCUCAUUGGUCUCAAUCUGUUACAAAAGGUGGACAAGUGGCCAGCCAGUCUAUAACCUCACCACCCUAAACAACCCAAAUCUUACAAGUGUUUCAGUUUACAGUAAAUAGUGGAGGGGAACCCUGUGUGAACCUCAUACAUUAAGUGCUGAAGCUUGGGGCACCAAAAACUUUCUUGGAUUGUUUUUUGUAAGUUGUAUCAUCAGUGCUUUUGAAUAAUUCACAUCAAAUGCAGAAAUUAGUAACCUACUGUAUAUGGUCUCUCUUAACCCCCUUGGAUUUCAAUCAGUGUGUGCAGGAUGUGGGCGUUUGAGACGAUCCAUCAAUUUCUAAUUUCUUUGAAUCCAGUGCAUUUAAUAUGCAGCCAAUGUUAUUAAGCAAGACUGACAGAAACUAGCCGCUUAUAACUACUCUAUAUGUCAGUGAUUAUGGCGAACAGCAAUACCUGUUACUGUAUGUACAUUAAUCGCAAUAGAAACUUGGUGCCUUGUGUGUUCAGCUCCAGCAGACUGGGUAAUUACAGACAGUAGUUCAGUCCUUCAGCUGCAGGGCUGCAGCAUCAAUUGCAGGAGCUGUCCCUCCAGUGUGGUUCCUUCACCCCGGCCCCACAUAUCACUAUUUGUCAAACUCUUCUGUACUCUGCUGGUUUUGCUGGAUUGCAGAUUUCAUUGUAAAUGCUGGCGAGUUGUUAAUCUUUUGAAUGUUUGAUUGUGCUCCUGGAGGGUUUACUGCUCUACGUGUUUGUGUUGACAUUUGAAAGUGUUUUAUUCUGUUUCCGUUUCCUGCUGUGCCAUGUGCAUUUCCCUGGCGAUGCCUUAACUUUGUUAACUUUUAAUUUGUUACUAGGGGUGUGCAGAAACUUGCACUUGUACUCAUAAUUGAAGUACUUAUCGUUAAGUAUUCAAUAAAUCCAUUCAUGAAUGUGUUGAUUUUGUCAGUUUAUGGCAGUACAAAUGUCAGCACCCCGGAUGAGAGAAAAAUUCGCUUCCAAGCGGCUUUUACUGCGGAAGUGAAUUGCCUUUGAGUGGUACUCAAUUGUAAAGGUGAGGGAAGGACAGCUUUUUUUUUUGUUUUGAAAUUAACAGAUUACUGAAUGGAGUUAUUGAAUACCUGCCGAUAAAUACUUCUUAAAGGUAACUGCGAGUACGUGUUUCUGCACACCCCUAUUCUUUACUCUCUCUUUUUUGUAUUCUGUUAUGGAGUAAUAUAUAAGGGGGAGGAAAUGUUCGCUGGUGGGAGCAAAUAUUGGGGGAACCAAUAUUCGUUUACACCAACAUAAUCCAUAGCUUUUUAUUGGAGCAUUUUUACACCAACCACCAAUCCAUGGCCAUCUCAGGAUCACCCCUAAACUCAGAGGCCCAUACUUUCCAAGUAGAAAGUAUCAACAUUUCAGCACCUCAGGUUUGGCAACCAUCUCAAAACAGCCACGUGCCCAUUUGAACCAGACAAGAGUGUUAGAAGCCAGUGCACUAGAGGUAUUAACAAGCAAAAAGCAAAAAAAAAAAAAAACAA